GAGAGAUCGAUGUGAAAAUCCUGUAAAAAUGCGAAAUUCUGAACAUUUUGCAAUAAUUUUGCGCGAUUUCAGAGCAAAUUAGCAUCAUUAGCAACUACCGCAGCCAUUCCGAAAAGUGUCGAGAAAGUGGAAAACUGUAGAAAUUGUUCUCAGAUCCGCUGAACGAUCGAAGAGGCUGGACCAACGGAAAAUGAUUGAACGCACUAGCAAUCCACAAACCACAAAAAGAACAUAAUAACGAGUCAAACGAGUGUUUGCAAACAGCGUUUACGCCAGGUUUACGCUUGGUUUCACGCUCCACGGACCUAGAAUCGUUUGUAAACGGCAAGCGUAAACUUUUGGGUAUUAAUUUUUACAUUACGCUAAAGUUUACGCUCCGUGUGGCCACUUGUUGCGAGGUUCGAGAAUUCGUAAAGAAAAUAUGUGCUGGAUCGGCUUGUGAAAACCAGGGCAACAGUUCAGGACCGUGAAAAGUGUUCCUUGUCUUAAAAAUAUGUCGAGGGUGGUGUUUUAGUGCCGGAGAAGAGUAAACGUUUAAAAGAAAAUUCUGAGAACCUGAACGAAAAUCGUGUUCCUGGAAUCGCGCGAGCGGCUACGCACACAACCGUCGCGUUAGCUAGCACAAUGACCGCAAAGUUUGUACUGUUGGUAGUCUCCUGGUUGUGCAGUCUACAUGAAAUCUCGGCUCUCGGUUGGAUCUUUCCCAAGGAACCCAUCUAUCGUGAGGUGAACGAUUCAUUUCGGUUGCAAUGUACUCUCGAUAUGACUGCUGGCGAUGCUAAAGGAUCCAACAGCAGCAAUCUGAUGUUCUACCGUGCGGAUGAAGCUGUACCGACAGAUCAAGUGAAGAUUCUUAACGCAACAACUAUUGAAUUGAGCGUGGAGCAUGCCGUGCCAUCGUCAAAUUAUUUUUACAUCUGCAAACUAAAUGGCACCAAAGGCGUUGAUUUGCGCAGUGUCUACAUUGGCCACAAACCACAGCGUAUUGAGGAUUUCCGUUGCCGGGCACCAUUGUGGAAAGAAAUGAACUGCACUUUUACACCGGAGCCAAACGGAGUCAAAACUCAAUACGUGCUUAUUUUCUAUGUGGAGCCCCUCAUGAAAAACUACUCCUGCAACUUGCAGCAAGUACCGAAUAGUCCGCUAAAGCAGUGCAUUAUUCCCAGUGGUGAUGGUUAUCGGGUCGUCUACGAGCACUACAACUUUGUACUUUCGGCUGAAAACAACCUCGGAACGCACGUUCAGAGCUUCAAAAUCAACAACUUCGACGUUGUGGUGCCGCAUCAACCGACCGAGUGUUCUAUCGACAAUUCCACAAUUACUUCCCAUAGUGCAGUACUUAAAUGGAAAGUGCAUAGGCAGUAUCAAACUUUUAAACGAUCCUUCCGAUUCGAGGUGAAGCUGUUUUCGAUGUUUCAUAACAAACAGUGGCAGCUUAUGGAUACUGCGAAUAUGAACCAUUCCCAGACCAAGUAUGAAUUGCCACUUAGCAGGCUAUCGUACGCGGACACGCGAUACGAUGUGCGUAUAAGGAUGCGUACAGACUCGACCGUUGAAGACGACGAUAUGUGGUCCAACUAUACAAGCUGCUUAUUUAAAACACUAUCCCGCCAACCGGACAAUCCGCCGGACGUUGCAGAUGGCAUUUUUGAAAACGCUAACGAUCAUUUGUUCCUGUACUGGCGCGAACUGUACGAGUGGCAGCACAAUGCUCGCACUGGAUUCUACUACAAUAUCACAAAACUAGGACCCAGCGGGCAGAUUAUUGAGCAUUUCAACCGAACAAGGGGUAUGAUUCAAAUGCGAAAUAUUGAGGACCAGAACUUUACGUUCAUCAUACACAGUGCAAACGGAGAUGGUCUUUCGGCUAAAAGUAGUGUCAUUUUCGUGCCUAGUAAACGGCACCGACCUGAGAAACCGGAAGUCGACAAGCUGCUGUCAGACUCGGGCAAAUUUACACUCUCCUGGAAGCGCUCCUCCUCACGGUCACCGUAUCUCGUCACCAGCUAUACCGUCUUUUGGUGUAACACGACCAGCAAUUCACCGAACGAUUGUCAUGGUUCGAUCAACUUCACUACGGUCGCCGCCAACAGUACAUCGUUCGAACUAAGCGGUGCUGGAUCGACGCUUAACUUUGCUGUGGCCGCUAACGCUGGCAACCUGUCGUCCGGUAUGGUUUGGGCCGCAUGCACUGCCACACACAAAACCGACAUUGGGAAGCUGAAAACACUCUGGAUCACGGAAAUGUUGGCAACAUACAUAAACCUUAAAUGGAAACCCGAGUGCGGUGAUGUAGCGCACACCGGAUAUCUCAUCUAUUACUGUCCAAUCAGUUCACCACGAACGCUGGGUUGCAAGGAACCAGAAAUGACUAUUAAUGUGACUGACAAAAGUCUGUAUUACACUAGGCUGGAUAACUUGAAGCCGUACGUGACAUACAAAAUCGAGAUCGCGAUGUACUCCGAGACGCACAUCGGUCCCCGUUCCGAGCCGUUGGUUAACACAACCCGAGAGGCAGCACCUUCACCACCGCGUGAGCUAAAACUACGGUCAGUUACGAAUGAUAGCAUUACCCUAUCCUGGAAGGCUCCGGAGCAUAUCAACAGCGGAAAGAUGAGCUACGAAAUUCGGUACAACAACGAUACGCUCCGUUACUACGUGGAGGAGCCGAACUCGGACGUAGAGACAACGGUGCCCGCUCUGAGCGCCUUCACGCUCUAUAAUAUCUCCGUCCGGGCACUGACUAUCGGUUACUCCAACGCGAGUAAACAGUUGACAGUACGUACUCUCGUAGGUCAACCGGAAAAGGUCGCGCAACUGAGCAGCACGAUCAAUGGUGAUUCUAAUCUAGUAAUAAGUUGGCGUAAACCGAGCGACACGGCUGGAUGCGUGGAAUUUUAUGAGCUCAAACUGAAAACCGAGCAAACCGUCAUCUAUAAGCGCCGAGGAAAUCAAUGCCAGCUGAGACAGGAGAACUGCAAAAAUACUGACACAAAAUCGUAUCAGUUUCUCGUGCGUGCCGUCAACGUUAUCAGGAAUGGGACGGAUUUUGAAGAUCUGUCAUGCGAGGAAAGGUGGUCGGAACUACAGAACCGAUGGCCGAAUCUUGUUUCGCAGAGCACCGAGUGCGACGGGGGCGGAAUGGACAGUCGAGCUUCUAUCUUUGCUUCCGAAGGAUUUGAGCUUGUGUAUGGGCCUUGGUCAGACCCACUUGCCUCCUGGUGUACCAAGGAAAAUAAUGUGUCACUGAAAUCGACAGUUUCGAUUAUUAUGUUGAUUGCCAUAUUUCUAAUGCUUUGGUUCUACUUCAAGAUGAAGCAAAUCUGUCAGGUGAAGGUUAUUAUACCAGACGGCUUGAACGAUAAAACAAGCUCCGGAAAGCCGGACAUUCUCGGUUCGGGGGGUCGCAUUAUUUUCAUUGACCAAUCGUCCAACCACGCUUCAAGUAUCGGCUCACUAAAGAAAGAGAUUUAUGGCAAAGAACAGAAUCAAUGUCUGUUACAAUCCUCAUCCUCCUCAGGAUGUGGCGAGAGCGUUGGUGAUCUGAGUGGCCAUGAUCAGCGAUCGUCGUUAGAAUAUUUCAGCAACAGCGGAGCUUUCGAAGACGAUAGCACGAGUUUCUACGAUCAGGAAGCUGAACGUCAGGAUUUGCAUGGGUUCAGCGAUGAGCCGUCGGAUAUGAUCGAUAGUCAAUUGGAUGGUCAAUUGGAUAGCACUGAAGGUGUACCAGACUUUGAAGCUAACGGAGAGAACCGAUCGCCGGAUUCACCUAUACUAUCUGAGGUCAAACCGAAAGCCUCUACGACGGCGGUGCCGCUGACUGUCACUUCCGGCUACGUUCCAGCACCCGUAGCGGUUAAUCCCUCAAAAGCACCCAUCAACUCUUCCGGAUACCUGCAGCUGAGCACACUGGUGAACAGCGGAGACAUGACGACGUCUUCAGACGUAUUUUCAAAAUCAGCUAACGCAAAAAUGGCCGCUACACCUAUAUCAGGAUACGUAACACACAAGCAACUUUCAGCCUACGGACAGCACUUAAAGUAAAACGGGGAGCUCCCACUAGAAACGUAAUCGCCAGAGAAAGGAACUACAGGGGAUCACUACGAUCGUACUAUGACUGCACUGGAUUAGGCUCUGAAGUCUCAAGUUUUCAAUGUAGUAGAAUGCUGAGUGAGAAACCAAUCGAAUGUUAUUUAAGCUGAUUGGGAGCAAAAUGUUAUUUCUAGAAAGGCAGCGCUAUGCUAGCUAUUUUGCACAAGAUGCUCCUAUGUUACUGUCGCUGCUAAUACUACUACACACUACCACAUAUCUGUUCCUAUGGAUGUAGCUAAUACCUUACUAUUGGGUCUUCAUUGCCAUCACCUUCAUUAGUACUUUAUUGUGCCAUUCCUGUUGUAGGAGAAAAGCAACAGAACGUAGAAUGAAGUGAAGUUUGCUUCCCGCAAAUACAGGAUUGGCACCUCUUUGUUACAGGAUAGUACCUGCAUGAGAGUUUACUGCUAGCACUCAAGUAUCUUUUUCAUCAAGGUGAUGGUGCCACCUUUUUUAGUACUUUGUAAUCAAGUGUGUAAUGUCUGAAUGUUCUAUAUCGUACGAGAUAUAGAUUGCUGUUACAAUUGCCCCGAAUCUUCCCAAUGCCACCUCACCUCCCCAUUCUCAACCCCUUUGCACAGGCCGUUGAUUCUCCAAUUAUGUUAAGGAAGUGUGUAAUGGUUAAGAAACAUUAUAGUAUUAUUAAUAAAACAAUGAAUAAUUUUGAUCCUUCCUUCCAAA